CAAACGGGUGGUUAAUAUUUUUGGCAUCCUACGUACUUUCUUUCGUUAGUCGCUCACUCCCAUUUUCCUGCAUCCGCAAAACCCAAAGAUUUGACCUAAAACUUUAUAUGAAGAUGCUGACUUUGUACACUGGUUGUGGCCUAUUUGAACAAGCCAAGCUUGCUGAGAGUUUAACCUUUACUCAUCACACUAAUUUCACCCUUUUCCCAACCCUUGUAUAUACUAAUUUGAAUCUCUCAAAACCCAGAAAAAAUUGGGGUUUUAAUGUCUUUUUCAAGAAAAGUUAUAAACAUGGUAUACAGCAACUAAGCCAGAGGGCACAAAUUUCUGAAAGUGCAUUUGAGGCCUUGGAUAGUGAGUUACAAGAUGAGGAGGAGCUUGAUGGACCUCAGAGGAGGUUUAGGGAAAAAGGAGAAGAUAAAGAUUAUGAUAGAGACCCAGAAUUUGCUGAAAUUCUUGGAAGUUGUUUAGAUGACCCGGAUAAAGCUCGCUCCAAAAUGGAGGAAAGGUUGAGGAAGAAGAGGAACAAGGUACUGCAACCAAAAACGGGUUCUGGCUUACCCAUGAAAGUUACAUUCAACAAAUUUGAAUUCUCAAAUUCUUAUAUAUGGUUUGAAUUUUAUAAUCCUCCCCUGCAGAAAGAUGUUACUUUGCUUUGUGAUGUGAUUCGGUCAUGGCACAUCAUUGGACGGCUUGGUGGCUGCAACUCACUAAAUAUGCAGUUAUCACAAUCUUCAUCAGAAAAAAGACCAAGUUAUGAUGCUAUUCAAGGAGCAAAUGUUGAACCAACCACAUUUUAUAACAUAGGAGACCUGGAAAUUCAAGACAAUUUGGCACGGAUAUGGGUUGAUAUUGGGACUAGUGAAUUACUGCUUCUGGAUGUCUUACUGAAUGCUUUGACACAGAUAAGCUCCGAUUUUGUGGGCAUAAAACAGGUUGUGUUUGGAGGAUCUGAACUCGAGCAUUGGAAGGAAAGCUUGACGGUAGAAGAUCCUGGCUGCAGUGUACACAAGAUUUAAAACACAUAUUUAUCGUAUUUCAAAGAGACUCGAAGGAGUUUGAUAACAGCUUAUCUUAUAAGUGAGGGAAGUAUAAGCCCAUUGCAGUUGGAACUUCGCCAUUUGAGUAGGGAGUUCUAGAAUUGGAUUGGUUAAUUCGAAGACUGCAUGACAUGCUGCGAGCUUGUUUUGACAUAAAGCCGGAUAACAAAAAAGAAGCUAUUGGUAUUCUUCUUGAUCGCUUAGUUCAGCGUUGAUGACUUGAUGUACAUGAACUAUAUUAUGCGUGCAAGUUCAGUUUUAGUAUAAUUUUGACAUUAAGUUAAAUCAAACCAAAAUAAAUUUGGAGUCUUUUUUUUCAAUCCAAGAGAUGUAUAACGAAUAUUGCAUGUACAAAUUUUCUAUAAUCGUAGCUCGGAACUUGGUUCGUUCUUGCUAUGU